GCAUUCAGUUCAGAGAGUGUGUUUGUCAAUUCCUUCGCCGGAGAUUGCUCUUUCAAAGAGCGGGAAAAGGAACAGCGAGGGAGAGAGAGAUGGUGGACGAAGACCAGCAAUGGCUCAUCAACUGCUUGAUUGCUACUCUCGACACCAAUCCCCAAGUUCGUUCCUUCGCCGAAGCCUCUCUCCACCAAGCCUCCCUUCAACCAGGUUUUGGACGUGCAUUAGCAAUGGUUGCUGCAAAUAGGGAGCUUUCAUUGGGAUUGAGGCAGAUAUCCUUUCUCAAACUUCACAUAACUUAUAGUUGUUCCUUUUUCUUUUCUUUUUUUUUUCUCUUUUCAUUGAAGGAAAAUAUUAUUUCAUCUGUGACUUUGUUCUUUUAUAAAGAAAUAUACACUGUUUCUUAUUUGAUUAAUCAGAUCGUGAUUGUUUAAUUUGUGAGAUUUAACUUGCUUUUACCUAGCUGCUGUUCUUCUAAAACAGUUUAUUAAGAAACACUGGCAGGAGGAUGAGGAUUCUUUUGAACAUCCUGUUGUUUCAAAUCAAGAAAAGGUCCUCUUUUACUGCACAUCAUGGAAUCUAUACGGGGACUUCUUUUAUUGUCAUUAGAUGAUUCUCACAGGAAAAUCUGCACAGCAGUUGGUAUGGCUGUGGCAUCAAUUGCACAUUAUGAUUGGCCCGAGGAAUGGCCUGAAUUAAUGCCACUUCUCCUAAAGUUGAUAAAUGAUCAAAGUAAUAUGAAUGGGGUGCAUGGGGCUUUAAGAUGCUUAGCUCUUCUCUCAGGGGACUUGGAUGAUAUGGCUGUGCCAAAACUAGUGCCUAUUUUGUUCCCGUGCUUGUAUAAAAUUGUGUCAUCCCCACAGACAUAUGACAAAACCUUGCGUGCAAAGGCUCUUUCGAUCGUUCAUGCUUGCGUUUCUGUGCUUGGUUCAAUGACUGGUGUAUACAAGACAGAAACUAGUGUUCUCAUUUCACCAAUGAUUCCAACAUGGAUGGACCAGUUCUCUGUUAUCCUAGAACAUCCAGUUCAAUCUGAAGAUCCUGAUGACUGGAGCAUUAGAAUGGAGGCUUUAAAGUGCUUGAAUCAAUUUGUUCAGAAUUUCUCAAGCUCUACAGAAGGGCAAUUUAUAGUUAUUGUUGGACCACUGUGGCAGACAUUUGUAUCCUCUCUUACGGUAUAUGAAAGAUCAUCAAUUGAAGGUGCAGAAGAUCCUUUUCAAGGGAGAUAUGAUUCUGAUGGUGCAGAACAGAGUCUUGAGUCGUUUGUUAUUCAGCUAUUUGAGUUUCUAUUGACCGUUGUGGGUUAUGCAAAAUUGGUAAAGGUUAUUGCAAAUAAUGUCAAAGAGUUAGCAUAUUAUACCAUUGGUUUUCUGCAGAUGACAGAGCAACAGGUUCAUACUUGGUCAAUGGAUGCUAACCAAUAUGUUGCUGAUGAGGAUGAUAAUACUUAUAGUUGUCGCAUUUCUGGAAGUCUUUUACUGGAAGAGGUUGUUACCUCUUGCGGUGUGGAGGCAAUUAAUGCUAUAAUUGAUGCUGUGAAAAAACGACUUGCUGAGUCCCAAGAAGCAAAAGUUGCUGGUUCUGCUGCAUGGUGGAGAAUAAGGGAGGCUACACUUUUUGCUUUGGUUUCUCUGUCUGAUCAGUUACUUGAAGGAGAGGUUUCUGGACAUACUGGUGUCUUAAGGAACCUGUUAGAGCAAAUAAUUGCUGAAGAUAUGGGAACAGGGGUACAUGAAUAUCCAUUUCUUUUCGCACGUGUGUUUUCAUCGGUUGCCAAGUUUUCCUCUGUGUUAAGCCAUGAGGUUGUUGAGCAUUUUCUCUAUGCUGCAAUUAAGGCAAUUGGCAUGGAUGUGCCCCCACCAGUGAAAGUUGGUGCUUGUCGAGCACUUUCUCAACUCUUACCUGAUGCAAACAAGGGAAUCCUUCAGCCUCAUAUAAUGGGUUUAUUUUCAUCAAUUGCAGAUCUGCUUAAUCAUGCAUCUGAGGAAACCAUGCAUCUGGUACUUGAAACACUGCAAGCAGCAAUAAAAUCAGGUGGUGAAGCAUCAGCAUCUAUAGAGCCUAUUAUCUCCCCUAUCAUCCUAAACAUGUGGGCAUCACAUAUUUCAGACCCUUUCAUUAGCAUUGAUGCUCUUGAGGUUCUUGAGGCAAUAAUGAAAGCUCCUGGUUGUGCCCAACCCCUUGUUUCUCGCGUUUUGCCUUAUGUUGGACCGGUCAUAAAUAAACCCCAACAACAGCCUGAUGGUUUAGUUGCUGGAGCAUUGGAUCUUUUGACGAUGUUGAUAAAGAAUUCUCCUAAUGAUGUGGUGAAAGCUGUAUAUCAGACAUGUUUUGACGCUGUUAUCCGGAUAGUCCUUCAAACAGAUGAUCAUAGUGAGAUGCAGAAUGCAACAGAGUGUUUAGCUGCGUUUUUAUCCUUUGGAAGACAAGAGUUACUUUCUUGGGGUGGUGAUCCUGGAUUUGCAAUGAGAAGCUUGCUUGAUGUGGCCUCGAGGCUUUUAGACCCUAAUUUGGAAAGCUCUGGAUCACUUUUUGUUGGGAGCUACAUUCUGCAACUUAUUUUGCACCUGCCAACACAGAUGGCACCACAUAUCAGAGACCUGGUUGCUGCUCUUGUCAAGCGCAUGCAAUCCUCUACAAUUUCUGGAUUGCGGAGCUCACUGAUACUCAUUUUUGCUAGGCUGGUUCACAUGAGCACACCACAUGCAGAACAAUUUAUUGACAUGCUAAUCUCAAUACCUGCUGAAGGCCAAGAGAACUCAUUUGUUUAUGUGAUGUCAGAAUGGACCAAGCAGCAAGGGGAGAUUCUGGGGUCCUACCAACUUAAAAUCACGACAUCAGCAUUAGCUAUAUUGCUAUCAACAAGGCAUAUUGAACUGGGGAAGAUCAAUGUUCAAGGCCAUCUAAUUCAGUCUUCUGCAGGGAUAACAACUCGCUCAAAGGCUAAAUUAACUCCAGAUCAAUGGAUAUCUAUUCCACUUCCUGCAAAGAUACUGGCUCUAUUGGCGGAUGUGUUGAUUGAGAUUCAGGAGCAAAUUUUGGGUGAUGAUGAUGAGGAUAGUGAAUGGGAGGAGGUUCAGGCAGAUGCAGGGGCGGAUCAAGAUUUACUAUAUUCAGCCAGUGCUGCUUCAUAUACCAGGCCCUCUUAUGAAUAUCUCAAUGCAAUGGCAAAUGCUCUCGAUGAGGGCGAAGAUGAUGGUGGGGAAGAUGACUUGUUAAGUGGUGCUGAUCCCCUUAAUGAGAUUAAUUUGGCAAAUUAUCUCGUGGACUUUUUUCUGAAGUUUUCUCAAAGUGACAGACCGCUGUUUGAUCAUCUUUGCCAGAGUUUGACAAAAGCCCAACAAAAUGCUAUUCGGAUGGUUCUAAAUCGGUGAAUAUUUCGAUUGCUGAAACAAAAAGUAUAGUUUCUAUCGGAGAGCAGCCCUUGAUUGAUCUGGAAACGAGCUUGUUUGUUGAGUUGAGGUUGUAAAUUUUGUGUCUGAUUGUUUGUCAUUGCUUUUGUAUUGCUUGCUUUUGGAAGCAGUGUUUAUUUGUUUUCACCAGGCUGCUGGCAGCUUGAUUUGUUUAUUUGUUUUCACCAGGCUGCUGGCAGCAGCUUGAUUUUGGCCUUGGAAAUGUAGUUUUGUGUGGUAAUCAAUUGUUGUGAAUGUUUCACAUUAAUUGAAUGUAAAAUUGAGUGGUUUGGAGGCAUAA